AUGAAUGACAGUGCAAACAUGGAAGCUUGUCUAGUAUGUUUGUUUGUUUGUUUUUUUCACAUGGGCUUGUUUGGGUCUGUUCAGAAACUGUGCCUUCUGGUAAAUUAUGUCAGUUGAUUCAUGAUUAUGGAAAGGGUUUCAUUUAAUUUCUCUCUCUAUAUUUGGUGCAGAUACAAAAUACACCUGGAUACAAGAGAGACCUUUGUCAUCUUAUCAUGAAACAGAAUCUUUGUUGGAUGGAAGAAAUAGUAAGGGAGUUUUUUAUUGAUUUUUGUUUCUAAAAUCAAGUCAGUUGUUACAUAUGUUUUGGUUUUAGUUGUCAAUGACAUAUAGACUGCACUAGUGUGUCCUUAUUACAAGUAGAUGUAUUAGUAAAGAUUUUUUUUCACAGCUCCUGAUGAAGCUCAGAAUACUGGAGGACUUUUUACAGUAUUAAAUGAAUUUUGGGCAACAGAACUUGCAGAUGUUUUAAUACCAAGAGACCAAGUGUCAGUUGGAGAUCCUUUGUAUAGAGGUUAGUUAGAUGCAAAGAACUUUGGAUGUUAUUUCAUUUCCUGGCACAUAAACUUGCUUUUCCUCUUUUAAAUUUUGAUUACUGAGCAACGUGGCUGACAGUUAGCCCCUUGGGUUUAAGUGUAGUUAUUAACAGUAAGCUUCUAAGAGGUAGAUUGUUUCAAGCUACAAUUGUCAUGUGCCAAUUUAUUCCAAGUGUUCCAAUGGUUAAAAAUAAUUUUCUGUGACAGGGACAGUUGAUUCAUUUGUUCACCAUUAGAAAUUUAUUUUGCAGGAACAUUUGGAUGUUUGUAUAAAGGUUCUGUUCGAGGACUAAGUGAAGAGCAACCUCGCAAGAAAAUGGAAGUGUCCAUCAAAGCACUUCAAGGUAAGACCAAACCUGAAAGUCUUCUGGAGUUUGUGUCUAUUACAGUGAUCUGGUGGCAUAUGGAGUUAUUUAGUGCAGAAGCAGAAAUGACCUUUGUGCCAAUACUCCAUUUAGUAAAUUUGAGGAGUUUUUCCAUUUUACUUGUGGAUUUGUUAAGUGCAGGAAAAAGUAAUGUGGGGGUUUGAUAUGCAAAAUUUGUGACAUUAUCAUGGUCUUAGUUUAGGGAUAGCAUGCAUCUUUUUAAAGGAGUUAUUUUUGUGCACUUGUGUGAGGUUUUGGUUGGCCAUUGAGGUGUUUGAAUAACUUUUUGUGAGGUUUGUAGUUCCCUACUGCAUUCUUUUCUUCAACUUAUUCAAUUCUUUUAAUGAAAUAUUUUAAGCGCAGUACAGAGUCCUGUAGAGUUGUGUUUUGACUCAGUUUUAUCCUUCACAGAUGAAGCAGACAUGGACACCAUCACUUCUUUUAUGCAGGAAGCAAUGGUCAUAAAAGGCUUCAAGCAUCCAAAUGUUGUGGAACUUGUGGGUGUGGUGCUUCAACGUUCAACGCCACCUUACAUUGUAACUCCUCUAACACGAAAUGGAGACCUAGGACACUUUUUGAAGAUUUCAAGAGCAACAUCUGCAAGAGUACAGUUGAGAACACAAGAACAGCAUCAAUAGGGAGUGUGGAGACAGUCUACUGUAAGAAAUGGUUGGGAUUGUUGGCCAGAAAUUGGUGUACCUCUGAUCAUUAGACCAAUGAAGAUUACAAAGAUAAAGAAAGGUAGAAUGUGUUAGAUCUUUAAAUAAAAACUUUGAAUUGAUUUUUUUUCUCAGACAAUUACCUCGCGCCAGCUUAUUGAGUUUGGAAUUGAGAUCUGCAAAGGAAUGGAUUAUAUCACUCAGAAAAAGAUUGUUCACAGAAAUCUUGCAGCAAAGAACUGCAUGUAAGUAUUUCUUAUCUAAGUUUGCCUUGUGUUUCAUAUAGUUGCCUUUGAUUUCUAGUUUCUUCUUUUUUGCGAAGAACUUCAAGGCUGUGCUCUAACGGCGCCCGGUCGCCUGAGGCGACUAACAUUUGGCCUCGGGCGACUGAAAAUAUUUUCUUGGUCGCCCGGCCGGGCGACUGGCUGGUGUUGGUUUCUUGAUUUACAGUCAAAAAAAAAAAAGAAAAUGUUGUUCAAUCGGGCGCGCGUUGAUAUUCAAAGGUCGUUCCACGUGAAUUUACGUGUAACAUAAUCAUCGACUUUGAUCGUGACAAGCUGCACAGUUUUCGAUUUUAACCGCUUUUCCAAAUAGUAUUAUAAUUUUUCCUUUAAAUUAGGAUGGCUCGUUAGUUAGUUUUUGAAAAGCAAUUGUUACUUCUGCUCUGACAGGCGUAAAGUACGGUCGACGAUUAAUAAAUCGCUAAAUGAACACGGGAGUCGUUCUUUUAAAAGAAAAUGUUGUUCCAUCGGGCGCGCGUUGAUGUUCAAAGGUCGUUCCACGUGAAUUCACAUGUAGCAUAAUCCUUGACUUUGAACUUGACUAGCUGCACAGUUUUCGAUUUUAACGGCUUUUCCAAUAGCAUUAAAAUUUUUCCUUUAAAUUGGGGUGGCUCAUCAGCUAGUUUUUCAAAAGAAGUUGUUACUUCUGCUCUGAUAGG